CGGCAGCUGAUUGGUGGAGGCGCUGCUGUAGCGCUCGCGGUGUUUACCAGCUGAGCAGCUCCAGCAGUGUGGCAGUUGGUCUGUGGAGGGACGGGGAGAAGUUUUAGAUCGAUAAAAAGUCGAUAAUUUGCACUUUUCCGUGGUUUUAGCGGUCAAAGGGUUACACCGGGAAAAGCAGGAGCUUCUCUACAGCGCAGCUGGAUGAGCGGGAAUCUUUUGAGAAAUAAUAUUUCACCAUGAAAACCGAGGUUUCCACGGCUGUGAACUUCAUUAGCACACUGCUGAGAGGGACUGGGCUUCUCUCAGAGGAGCAGCUGCACCACUUCAGCCUGUCUCUAGAGGAAGCUUUAGGAGAGCAUUAUCAGCACCACUGGUUUCCAGAUGCUCCGUGCCGAGGUUCAGGCUACAGGUGCAUCAGGAUCAAUCACAAGAUGGACCCUUUGAUUGGUAAAGCCGCCCUCACUAUCGGACUGACCAGAGAGCAGCUGUUCUCUCUGUUACCGAGUGAGCUGACCAUGUGGGUCGACCCGUACGAAGUGUCUUACCGGAUAGGAGAGGACGGGUCCAUUUGUGUCCUGUACGAGUCCGCGCCCCCAUCACAGACAGACCCCAGCCCGGUGGACACCUGCAAAGAUAAACUGAGGAUCGGUCGAUCAAGCCCGUCUAAGUCCUUCAACAUGAUGACUGUCUCCAGUUAACUCUAUACUGAGCUACCUGGGUCAUGUUUAUUUUUCUAUUUUUUUUUUUUUACAUUUUGGGCAUUAAAGACUUCCUUUUUUUAUUAGUGAUUUGUUGUAUUUGAGGAAAAUUGAUAUAUUUUGAUUCAGUGCUUGAUUUUAACUGUAAAUGUUUGUAAAUGACUUAAAAAAAUCAAAUUAAAGAUUUCUUGAUUUGUUAA